AUGGGAACAAAGUUUAGAGUAGCAGUUAUCACUCUUUUUCUUUCAUCCCUCCUUCUUGAUCAGCUGGUGUUUUCUGAAUCCAACGAUGGAUUCGUUAGAAUUGGACUCAAAAAGUUUAAGUUAGAUGAAAACAACAUGAUCGAUGCUCGACGUACAACGCAAAUACCGGAUUCUCAAAAUGAUACCGUCAUUGUAGGGCUAAAGAACUACGAGAACGUACAGUACUAUGGUGAGAUUUCAAUCGGUACACCACCACAGAAAUUCACUGUGCUUUUUGAUACAGGAAGCUCUAAUUUGUGGAUAACUUCCUCAAAGUGCUACUUUUCCCGUGCAUGUUAUUACCAUUCCAAAUACUAUGCCCGUCGUUCAAGAACGUAUAAAAAGAACGGAACAUCUGCUAGAAUAGGCUAUGGUUCAGGUUCAAUAUCUGGCAAGAUUAGCCAAGACGAUGUUUUAGUUGGUGGUUUAACAAUUAAGAAUCAGAACUUCAUUGAAGCAACAAGACUGUACGGUUCUGUGCAUAAGAUUACCAAGUAUGAUGGCAUUCUUGGCCUUGGAUUUCAGGAGAUAUCAUCCCGAGGUGUUGUUCCAAUAUGGUACAACAUGAUGAAACAGGGUCUGAUUCGGAAUCCAGUGUUCUCAUUUUGGCUAAAUAGAAAAAUAAAAGAAGAGAAAGGAGGUGAACUUGUGUUUGGUGGGUUUGAUUCAAGACAUUACACGGGGAACCAUACUUAUGUUCCUGUGAUUCGCAAGGGUUAUUGGCAGUUUGAUAUGGGUGAUGUCUCCGUCAACGGUAAACCAAUAGGUAUUUCUGGUUUUUCUGCAUUGGCAGAUUCUGGAUGUUCUUUAUUGUUAGGUCCAACUGUUGUGAUUACCAUGCUAAACCAUGAAAUUGGAGCCGAUAGAGAAGAUAACCCUAAAUGCAAGUCAAUUGUAAGAAUGUAUGGACAAACCAUUCUGAACAUGCUCCUAGUACAGGAGAAACCUAUGAAAAUUUGUUCCCUAAUUGGAUUAUGCCGAGUUGAUAGAAAGAAAAGUAAAAAAAAUAUAUUUAGGUGCAAUACUUGUGAAAUGAUAGUUGUGUGGAUGGAAAGUCAGCAUAAGAGAAAUCAAACAAAAGAUGUUAUUUUAAAUUACGUUGAUGAGCUAUGUGAUUCGAUGCCACAAAAUCGACAAAGGCAAUCAACUGUGAACUGUUUGCGAAUUUCCUCAAUGCCUAUAGUUUCAUUUUUAAUUGGUGGUAGAAAUUUUACACUCUCACCUAAGGAGUAUGUAUUGAAGACUAUUGGAGGUGGUUGCAUAAGUGGCUUUAUGCCCUAUGAUAUUGCUCCUCCUCUUGGACCUUUCUGGAUUUUGGGAGACAUAUUCAUGGGUCGUUAUCACACAAUAUUUGACUAUGAAAGAUUGAGAGUUGGAUUCGCAGAUGCAACAUAA